AUGCACCGAUCUUGGUGGAUGGAGAAUGGACCAGGAUGUACGGUGACAUCAGUGACUCCUGCCCCAGACUGGGCCCCAGAAGACCAUCGCUACAUCACGGUCUCAGGGUGUUUUCUGGAGUACCAGUACAUAGAAGUGGCUCACAGUUCCCUCCAGAUUGUCCUCGCACUGGCAGGGUUCAUCUACGCCUGUUAUGUUGUGAAAUGUAUAACUGAAGAAGAGGACAGCUUUGAUUUCAUAGGUGGCUUUGAUUCUUACGGCUAUCAGGGGCCUCAGAAGACAUCUCAUUUACAGCUGCAGCCUAUGUACAUGCAAAUUCCCUUGGAUAACAACUGA